AUGGGUUGCGCGCGCACGACGGUUGCUAUGGCAACCAAGGACGGGGGCUACACGAGACGUGGCCGGGCCGUAGCCCGUUCGCAACAAUCUACUGUGCUUCACGCGUGUCUGUCAGAGGUGCAAGCGGUCACACUGGCGGAUCCUGAGGUACGAGAGCUGCUGCUGCCGGCACAGGACCCGGCGGACAGCGGCAUUGACAGCGACGCCACGGACACCGAGCGACGCGGCCGGCGCCAAGCGCGGCUGAACGAGGACAGUGUCGACGAAGAAAGCGAUGUCACCGUCGAGAUCGAAAUGCCGAUUCCGUAUUGCGCACAGCACCCUAACCGCUCGUUCGGGGAGCGCUCCGUGCGCGUCUCGCCGUCGCUCUUCGAAGUCGAGCUCACCGCUUCCGAUGAAGAUGACGCUUCGGUACUCGAACUUAUAAUACCAUAUCAACAGCCACGAUACCAAAAGUUGCCCACGUCAUCUCCUUUAAAAACUAAGGUCAAAGCUCCAAAGUACCUCUGUGGGUUUCUUUGCUGUUUUCGUAAGUAGGCUCAGUCAUGGGCCAAACAAUUGAUUAAUAC